CGAAAAAUAGGUGGUGUCUGCUGUGCAGACUUGUCAUCACAAACAAGCAUUACCCACCACACUCGAUGUUGCUUCCGAAGACUAAACAACUCUCUCAAAUUUCCCACACAAUUUCAAAGCUCAGAGCUUUUCACGGCGGUUCCUCUCAAAAUGUCAAAACCAGUUUCAAAGAAAAUGGUUUCAGACACAGGGCUCAAACCUCAGGUUCAGAAAUGGAGAAAAGCAUAUACUCGAUUCUCACUAUAGACCGAUGGGAGUCACUGAAUCACAUGGAGUAUAGGUUGGCAUCUCUUAGACCAGUGCAUGGAAGAUUGGCCCUGAAAUUCUUCAACUGGGUAAUUCAACAGCCUGGUUUGGAACUCAAUCACCUCACUCAUAUACUCUCUGUUACAACUCAUAUACUUGCUAGAGCUAGAAUGUAUGAAUCUUCCAGGUUGAUUUUGGGGCAUUUAGCACAGAUGGAUGUUGAUUCGAAAUCGAUUUUCGGUGCUUUGAUGGAUACUUACCCUCUUUGCAAUUCAAACCCUUCAGUCUUUGACCUUCUGAUUAGAGUUUACUUGAGACAGAAGAUGGUUGGUAGUGCAGUAGAAACUUUUUAUCUGAUGGAUUUAAGGGGGUUUAGGCCGUCGCGUUAUACUUGUAAUUUGAUUCUAGCUGCGUUGGCAAAGGACCAGAGGGCUGCAUCAGUUUGGUCUUUUUUCAAAGAUAUGCUGGCUAAGAAUGUUUGCCCUGAUGUAAGUACGUUUAAUAUAUUGAUUAGUGUUUUAUGUGUGGAUGGGAAGCUCAGUAAAGCUAGUUAUCUUUUGAGGAAGAUGGAAAAGAGUGGUUAUGUUCCUAACGUAGUUACUUAUAAUACUUUGCUCAAUUGGUACUGCAAGAAGGGGAGGUAUAAAGCAGCUUUUGAGCUUAUUGAUCUUAUGGCUUCUAGGGGUAUUGAAGCAGAUGUAUGUACAUAUAACAUGCUUAUUGAGGAUUUGUGUAGAAACAGUAGUAGUGCAAAAGGUUAUUUGCUGUUGAAGAAGAUGAGAAAGAAGAAGUUAUCUCCUAAUGAAGUUACAUACAAUAUCCUAAUCAAUGGGUUUGUUAAGGAGGGGAAAAUUGGUGUUGCUACCAAGGUUUUUGAUGAAAUGUCGAUGUUUAAUCUUUCACCAAAUUGUGUUACUUAUAAUGCUUUAAUUGACGGGGUCUGUCAAAAGGGUAAGCUUGAGGAAGCUUUCAGAUUGUUGGACAUGAUGGAAGCAGUGGGACUAAGACCUAAUGAAGUCAGCUAUGGUGCUGUUUUAAAUGGGCUGUGCAAACAAGGCAAGUUUGAUUUAGCAAGAACUACUUUUCAGAAAGUGCGAUUGCAUGGGAUUGUUAGUGGUUGCAUUAUAUAUACAUCAAUCAUGGAUGGGUUAUGUAAAAAUGGGUUGCUUGAUGAAGCCGUUCAUUUUCUAAAUAUGAUGAUCCAGGAUGGUGUGAGUCCUGAUAUCAUAGUAUUUUCAGUGCUUAUCAAUGGAUUAUGCCAAGCUGGGAGGAUGAAACAUGUGAGCGAGAUAAUGUGUAAACUGUAUAGAGCGGAGCUUGCACCUAAUAAAACAAUAUAUUCUACCUUAAUCUACCACUGUUGCAAGAUGGGCAACAUAAUGGAAGCAUUAAAGAUCUAUGCAGUUAUGAAUCUUAAUGGCCUCAGUGCUGACCAUUUCACUUGUAACAUAUUGGUUACUGCGCUUUGUGAAGCUGGGAACCUUGGUGCUGCAGAAAAUUUUAUGCAUCAUAUGAGCAGCAUCGGUCUGGGUACCAAUUCUGUUUCUUUUGAUUGUUUGAUAAAUGGGUUUGCAAACAGGGGUGAUGCUUUAGGGGCAUUCUCUGUGUUUGAUGAAAUGAUUGAAUUAGGUCAUCAGCCAAGUCCUUUUACUUUUGGAAGUAUACUGAAAGGGCUAUGCAAGGGUGGUCAUUUGGUUGAGGCAAGAAAGUUUUUGAAGAAACUCCACAGCAUUCCAUUUGCUGUUGAUACUGUUGUGUACAAUACAAUACUUUCUGAGACAUGUAAGUCUGGGAAUUUGCAAGAGGCUGUUGUCCUUUUUGCUGAGAUGGUUGAGAAUAAUGUCCUACCCGAUACUCAUACGUACAGUAGCCUUCUUGCAGGGCUAUGCAGAAAGGGAAAAAUGGUUGCUGCCAUCCUCUUGUUUCAAAGAGCGAUGGAACAAGGACUUCUGUCACCGAAUCCCAUAGUGUACACCUGUCUACUCGAUGGCCUUUUUAAGAUUGGCCAAUCUAAGGCUGCUUCAUAUCUUUUUGAAGAGAUGGAGAACAAAGGUUUGUACUCAGAUACCAUUGCUCUUAAUGUAAUGAUGGAUGGAUAUUCGAAGAUGGGAAAGAUGAUGAAGGCAAAUGAUCUCUAUUCAACUAUGGGGAGCCGAAGAUUAUUCCCUAAUCUGUCUUCAUAUAACAUUCUUUUGCAUGGAUACUCGAAGAACCAAGACUUAUUGGCAUGCUCUAUGGUGUACAGAGACCUGAUCAGGCUCAAAUUUUUGCCUGACAAAUUGACAUGUCACUCUUUUAUUCUUGGAUUAUGUGAGUCAAGUAAGGUGGAUAUUGGCCACAAAAUGUUGCACAAGAUGAUUACAGAAGGUGCUGUACCUGACCUUUCAACAUUCAAUUUGCUUAUUAGCAAGUAUGCUGAGAUUGGGAAGAUGCGGAUGGCAUUUGAGCUACUUAGUGUCAUGAAUUUGUAUGGACUUUCUGCUAAUAUAGACACCUAUGGGGCACUCUUGAAUGGACUGUUCAGAAUUUCAGCUUUCCGGGCAUCCCGUAGUCUUCUGUUUGAAAUGUUGGCCAAAGGUUUUACUCCCAAGUAUACAAAUUAUUUCACUAUAAUUAAUGGUAUGUGUAGGGUGGGAGAUAUAAAGGGAGCAUUUGAAUUAAAAGAUCAGAUGGAAGCUCUCAGUGUUACUUCCUGUGACAUUGCUGAGAGUGCUAUGGUUAGAGGGCUUGCGAAAUGUGGAAAGGUUGAAGAAGCGAUGUUGGUUCUUGAUCGCAUGCUUCGCUUGCAACUUGUUCCAACAACUGCUACUUUUACUACUUUGAUGCACAAGUUCUGCAAAGAAGCCAACCUCGCAGAGGCUUUAAAGUUGAGGGGUGUAAUGGAACAUUGUGGUGUGCCACUUGAUGUUGCAGCUUUUAAUGUUCUCAUUUCAGGCCUUUGUGCUAAUAGUGAUGUGGUGGCUGCAUUUGAGCUGUACAAGGAGAUGAAACAAAGUGGUCUCUUGCCCAACACAACAACGUACACUCUUCUCCUUGCUGCUGUUUCUUCUGGUAAUAAUCUUAUUGGAGGGGAAGAGAUUUUGGGAGAAUUAAUGGAAAGGGGGUUGAUAUCUGGAAAUGUUGAUGGAGUCACCUUACCACUGCAUGAGCGAUUGAAUGUUGCAAUUGGAACAUUAAGAUCUUGGAGGUGCAAUAAAUGGAAAUGAUACUUUAUUGAUGAUGUGACGCAACAUCAUUAAUCAGUAUAUGAGACUGAAAUGGCCUCUCCCAAGUACAGAUAUGGGCUUUUUACUUGAGGUCUGAUGGGAGUUGAGACUGACAUGGACUCUCAUUUCUUAUCAAAGUCAUGAUACAAGCUGACAAUAAUGUUCUGAUGAGAUGCAGUCUACCUGAUUCUUGGCUGCUUAGGUGUCAUGUUUCUUGGUGCGUUAUGUUUGCCUAAUUGUUCGUUCUAUGUUGCUGAUGCUUCGAUCAAGCAAUGAGUCUCUGGAGUGCUGUUGAAGACCCUCUCAUAUGAUGUGUAGGAGUUACUCCGAGGUAUGAGAGUUCUAUUUCCAUUAGGCAGCUCAUUCUUUCAUCUUGAUUUCUGGUCUUACUUCAUCAUUGAUUUCUUUCUUGUUUGUAACUAUCUAAAUGCUACGGAUUAUCUGAGGCAGUCAUUACUUGUGGCUCAUGACUCAUGACUAUUCAAAGGUAUAUACAGAGAUUCAGACAUCACAUGCCAAUAAAUGUGGAGGAAACAGCUCUUUGAUAGAGAAAGAUGUUGGCCACAGAUGAGGGAACCAAAUGAAUUGGGCAUCUCAAGAAAUAUCUUCAGUUCCCACGUUGAUGAUGGCGGCACACGAUGAUAAUCGCAACCGAAUAUGCUGAUGAUAUAUGGAAACCAGAUGAAUUGGGGCGUCUAUAUCAGCAUCUCCAAUUUGCACCUGGUAUUGGAAGCACAGGGGCUACAUUGCAACCACAUAUGUUGAUGAUAAUUCGCAGAGGAAUGUGAUGCCGUCACCAUGGCAGACAGAAUCUAGCAAUACAUAUACAGGGAUGCUAUUGCUCUUGUUGACUUUGUAACAACAAAUAUACUCUGAUAUUGUUUUGUAUGAAUGUGAAUAUUCCCAUCUUUCUCAAUACAAUUUGGUUUUGCUAUU